CCUGUCGCUCACUGCCUUCAGGACGCAUCCCUGGGGAUUUGCACUUUACACCCCCAACAUGGAUAACUCUGUGAUAAAAUUCCUGCAAGACGCACAACUUGACCACAAGGUGAAAUUUUUUGAUGACCUGGGUGUUUGGGUCCUUAAUGACAUGAAACUUGUCAAAGCCGACGAGCAUCUCAGGGAUUUUAGUAAAAAAGAAAAACAGCACUUCGAAAAGGCGUUGCAGAAAUUGGAGAAGACAAAGGAAGGCGUGAAGACAGAUGAAAAGGCCACCCUCUGUUCUGGGCAGAAGGCAGGGGAGGAGGGAGAGGUCUUCACUGUCAAUGGUCAGAGCAGAACCAAGCACCAUGAAGCCGAGGAGGACAGAGAGGCACCCGCCUCUAGGGGUUGCUGUGCAAGGCUCUCUGCCAGCUGCGCCAGAACUUGCCGCCCGUGCAGUGCUAAACACAACCCCCUACCCCCUGGGGCUUCAAGGGGGGACAAGUUGAAGCACGCUUUUCUCUGCCCACCCCACGGCCUCGUGGCUAAGAUGGCGGUUCUGGUGACGUCAGCGGUGAUGUUGUGGGCGUGUCUAUGGGCCGUCACUGGAAAGGAAGCGCUCCCUGGCGGCAACUUUUUCUCCAUACUUGUACUGCUUAUUUGCUGCACGAUCGGUGGAUAUGUGUCCCAACUCUGCCGUCUACCGCCGCUGUUUGGAAUGUUGGUGAUUGGUUUCUGCCUACGUAACAUACCUUACAUCGACAUUGCUAAACAUAUUCAGCCAGCGUGGGCAUCAUCUCUCAGGUCUGCCGCACUGGUUGUACUCCUGGUGCGUGCUGGGAUAGGUCUGGAUCCUGUAGCACUAAAAAGACUGUCCUGUGUUGUGAUACGGUUUGCUGCCAUACCUUGCUUCGUAGAAGCUGCCGCAGUCGCUGUACCCAGUCACUGGUUGCUAAAUUUUGGUUGGGACUGGUGCUUUAUGCUGGCUUUUGUAUUGGCGGCUGUUUCCCCAGCAGUUGUGGUUCCGAGUAUGCUUCACGUGCAGGAGGAGAGACUGGGUCUAGAUAAAGGUAUCCCAACCCUUGCCAUAGCCGCAUGUAGUAUCAACGCUGUGAUCGCCAUCAGCGCCUUCGGGGUGUUUCUGGGUAUUGCGUUUUCCACAGGAGAGUUGGCUUUAACAAUAGUCCGAGGUCCCCUGGAGGCUCUUCUGGGUGUCGUGUAUGGUAUCGUCCUGGGGGUCUUGUUGUGGUAUGUACCACAUAGACACAGUAAAAGUAUUGUCUUCUUCCGUACUUUCCUGGUGUUUGGAGGUUCACUGUUUGCGUAUUUUGGGAGUAAAGCAGCCAAGUUAUCGGGUGCAGGGGCUUUGGGAAGUCUGGCCAUUGCAUUUGUGGCUGCCCAGGGAUGGAGAAGGCAAGGUUGGAGCAAUGACAAGAACCCAGUUGGCGCUGUGAUGGCCAAGUUUUGGAUCAUCUUCCAGCCAUUGUUGUUUGGUCUGAUGGGGGCAGAGGUGAAAGUGGAAGACUUACAAGGAGGCAAUAUUGGAAUGGGUUUGGCCGUGCUGUUCAUUGGACUAUUUCUCCGGCUGGUAGUUUCAUUUUUCACAGUAUUUGGCACAGACUUGAAUAUGAAGGAAAAAAUCUUCAUGGCCAUCAGUUGGUUUCCUAAAGCUUCUGUUCAGGCUGCCAUUGGCCCUGUAGCAUAUGACACAGCUAAGGCUUAUAAUGCUGGCCCAGAAGUCCUGGCACUAGGAAAACAGAUACUGACAAUUGCUGCCCUGUCAAUCCUCAUAACAGCACCACUCGGAGCGGCAGCCAUUGCACUAACUGCGCCACGAUUCUUGAAGAAAAUCCCCAAGGAGGAGGAAAACAUUGACAAAGACAACAUGGACUUUGAGGCUCAAGGAGACAAUGAAAGCAAAUACCAAGAGGGCGAGAGUUCCAAACUGUAAUUUGAACAGUUUUGAGGGAAAUAAUUUUGAUUGUUAUGGGUGACAUCUUUCAAAGUGACGGAUCCAGGAAGACUUUAUUUUUGACAGCAGAUCAAUGAACUCUUGUUUGGUAAAUCUGGACAACAGUUCAUUAAGGCCAGACAAAAUUUAUUCAUCAGUUAACAAGUGCGCUCACAGACCAACAUCAAGUUUUGUCUGUACUAAGCAGUAAGUGAUGCCAUAGCCGACUUGAAUCCAGAGAAACCAAAAAUCCAAAAUUGGCUCAAAACAGACUAUAAAUUUCUGCAUUAAAGUUAAGUUUUUGACACGUCUUUUUUCUUUGUGAAAUGUGGGCACUAGUUUCAACUCAGUCACCACAUGCAACAUUAUUUUUCACUAGCUUUAUGUAUUUUUAUAUCUAUACAUCAUAAUCAUAAAAACGAUGUUGGUAUAGAAAAUCAGUUUUAACAGAGUACGGCAAUACAAGGCAUACGUAUCAGCAUUUAUUGAGACCAAUGGAAUUCAUUUAUAUAUUGCAUUCAUCUUUGCAGCAUUUCAAAUCUUCUUUUACUGAUAGCUUGUUAUGGAGUAUUAUGUGUUUGCUGGAAUUCACUACAUGCUUGUUGUAAUCUGGUAUGAAAUGCUCAAAUCUAUAAGAAAUAUCAAUACUCAGUCUUUUCUUUUCAUUUUGGUCUAAAAUAGAUUUGUUUGUUAAGGAAAUUAACCAUGUUUUAAAUUUUAACCUGUAUUUUAAUAAAGGGUACUUUUCUUGCAUUUUGUUUGUCACCAUUAUUCAACACAUGAUUCUUAU